AUGAACAUGAUGAAGGUGCUGGAGCCGAUCGUGGCGGAGUUCCCUGAGCUGCAGGAGUUGCAUGCCAUCCGGGAUGCUUCCAAGCUCCCGAGGACCUGUUUGGGACGGGGCUGGGUCAUGCCUACGCGUUCAGACAUCUCCUUGAGCACCCGGCUAUGCUGGCGUUUCAAGGCGCAUGACACCGUUUGCUCUUCCAAACCGAUGCUGCAACUCUCCGACCAGCUCUCGUACCGGUAUCGCCAGUACCUUCUGUCUCCGAUGGGCCGCACACGUCUCGCCUGGGACUUCCUCGCAGUGCUAUUCAUCUGUACGGAGAUGAUCACCAUGCCUCUCCGUACCUUCGACGCCAGCUUGAGGCGCGUGGAGUUGAGCGUGGGACUGCUAAUGUUUUGGCAAUUGGAUAUCCUCAUGCGUUUCAUUUCGAGCUUCUACAAAGAUGGGAAGUUGGUGCAGAACCACCGGACAAUCUUAUUCUCAUAUGCGCGCGGGUGGCUGACUUUCGAUGUGACUUUUGUCCUCAUCGAUUGGCUCGUGCUGCUGGACCUAUUCUUGGAGAAGGAUGCAUUGUACUUUGCACAAUGUGGCCUGCGCCUUGUGCGCCUCGCGCGCCUGAAUUCCUUGACGGAGCCUAUGAUGCUGAGACUCACGGAGCAAGCUGUGAUCGCUGUCGCAAAGAUUGCACAGAUCUCCAUGCAAGUGCUGCUCGUUCGCCAUCUGAUGGCGAGCGCUUGGUUUCAUAUCGGCCGCUUAGAUGCGGAGCAUGGCUGGGUGGCCAAAGCUGACCUGAGCAUGACCUCGGUUUGGUACAAGUACACGACUUCACUUCACUGGAUGUAUUGCCAACUCGGGUUUGGAGGAACAGAGAUUGAACCUGGUACAACUGCGGAACGUGUCUUUGGCAUUGUCGUGGCUUUGGAGGGCCUUGCAAUUUUUUCAACUCUCCUGGUCACCAUCACCACCCACACGACGCUGUUGACCAAGUCUGCCGAGGAGCGGCGGCACAAGUUUCAAAAGCUGGGGCAAUUCUUGAGCUCCCUCCAUGUGGAGCCGGAGCUUGUCUUGAGAAUUACUUGCUUCUUGCAGCACGCCUUUGCGGUCAAAGAGAGGGCCCCUUGCCUUGGAAAGCUUUGA